AUGUUCGCCAAGUCCAUCAUCGUCUCUCUCCUCGCUGCCUUCGCAGUUGCCCAGGUCCACCCACCUGUCGGCGAGCCCUCUGGCAACCCCAUCGCCAAGCCCAGCUUGAACGAGCGUGUUCCCAAGGGCGUUGAGUACACCAUCACCUGGGCGCCAACCACCACCAACACCGUCUCUCUCCUCCUCGUCAAGGGCCCCUCCAACAACGUCGUCCCCAUCGCCACCCUCGUUGAGAGGCUCCCCAACAACGGUGCCUUCAAGUGGACUCCCUCCACCUCUCUCGAGACCACCGGCGACCGCUUCUACGGAAUCCAGCUCAUCGACGAUGUCACCGGCCAGUACCAGUGGUCCACCCAGUUCGGUUUGACCGGUGAGACCACCGGCCCUACCGCCUCUGUCUCUGCCUCCGUCACCGGCGGCGGUGCCUCCACCAAGGAGGGUUACCCAACUGGCACCCCAUCGCUCUCCCACUACCCCACUGAGCUCUCUUCCUCCGUCAAGAGCAGCACUGUCGGAUACCCUACCAGCACUCCCUCUGCCUACCCCACCAAGUCCGUAGGAACCGUCAGCUCCGGCUACCCCGUCCACAACAGCACCAUCGUCCAGCCCACCAAGACUCCUACCGUCCCUGCCACCCUCAAGACCAGCAACCUCCCCACCAACUCUCCCUCCGCUACCACCAGCGAGCCUGCCGAGUCCACUGGCGGUGCCUCCGGCAUCAAGGCUGGUCUCAGCUUUGCCGGUGUCAUGGCCGUCGCCGCUGCUUUCUUGUAG